UUUCCCACACUUUUAUUUUGGUUCAAACAAAGAAGAAAUUCAUGAUAUAGAUAAUCAUAAUUCCGAUUAUCUGAGAAGGAUUUUUUUUGUUUUUUUGGUUUAUAAAUAGUAGUCUGAAUCAAGAAUAACGUACUUAUAAUAUAUCAUGGCGUCAGCUUUGGCUGGAGAUGAUCUAGCAAGGUCGAUGAGCAGCAGCAGGAGGAGCUGGGCGGCAUCGACCAGCCAUAGAAGCUGGGCUUCGGCGAGCUUCAGGGAGGUUUGGCGACCUCCAUCCGAAGUCUUUAACAGGAGCACUGGACGUCAAGAUGAUGAGGAAGAGCUACGUUGGGCUGCUAUCGAGAGGUUACCCACGUAUGAUAGGUUGAGAAAAGGGAUGCUGAGGCAAGUUCUUGAUAAUGGGAGAAUUGUUCAUGAUGAAGUUGACGUUACUAGGCUUGGGAUGCAAGACAAGAAGCAGUUGAUGGAUAGUAUGUUGAAAGUCGUAGAAGAAGAUAAUGAAAAGUUUUUGAGGAGAUUAAGGAACAGAACUGACAGAGUGGGGAUUGAGAUUCCACAGAUUGAAGUUCGGUUUAAGCAUUUGAAAGUUGAAGGAGAUAUGUAUGUUGGAAGCAGAGCUCUUCCUACUCUGCUUAAUGUUACCUUGAACACAAUAGAGAGUAUACUGGGAUUGGUUUGGCUUGCACCAUCUAAGAAGAGAAAGAUUCAGAUACUUAAAGAUGUCAGCGGCAUAGUCAAACCUUCAAGGAUGACACUACUUCUCGGUCCUCCAGGAGCUGGAAAAACAACUUUGUUAAUGGCACUUGCCGGAAAGCUUGAACAUGAUCUCAGGUCAUCUGGAAAAGUCACUUACUGCGGUCACGAAUUGAACGAGUUUAUUCCUCAAAGGACAUGUGCUUAUAUCGGACAACAUGAUCUUCACCAUGGCGAAAUGACGGUGAGGGAAACAUUAGAUUUUUCGGGACGUUGUUUGGGUGUCGGUACAAGAUACGAAAUGCUUUCAGAGCUCUCAAGGAGAGAGAAAGAAGCUGGGAUUAAGCCAGAUCCUGAGAUCGAUGCAUUUAUGAAAGCCACAGCAGUGGCAGGCCAAGAAACAAGCUUGGUGACAGAUUAUAUUCUUAAGCUACUUGGAUUGGAUAUUUGUGCGGAUAUCAUGGUCGGAGAUGACAUGCGUAGGGGUAUUUCCGGUGGGCAAAAGAAGCGUGUGACAACAGGAGAAAUGUUGGUUGGACCAGCAAAGGCUUUUUUUAUGGAUGAAAUAUCAACAGGAUUGGACAGUUCUACUACUUACCAGAUUUGCAAGUUCAUGAGACAAAUGGUUCAUAUCAUGGAUGUAACCAUGGUCAUUUCUCUUCUACAGCCAGCACCAGAGACAUAUGAUCUUUUCGAUGACAUUAUCAUCCUUUCAGACGGUGAAAUUGUCUACCAGGGUCCACGUGAGAAUGUCCUGGAUUUCUUUGAAUAUAUGGGAUUUAAAUGCCCUGAAAGAAAAGGAGUUGCUGACUUUCUGCAAGAAGUCACUUCCAAGAAGGAUCAACAACAAUACUGGUCCAAAAAGAACCAACCUUACAGAUAUGUUUCAGUUUCUGAUUUUGUCCACGGCUUCGGUUCCUUCCACAUUGGCCAGCAGCUUGCAUCAGACCUUAGGGUUCCCUACGAUAAGUCCCUAACCCACCCUGCUGCCUUAGUUAAAGAAAAAUACGGUAUUUCCAAUUGGGAGCUGUUCAGGGCAUGCUUUGCAAGGGAAUGGUUGCUAAUGAAGCGAAGUGCUUUUGUAUACAUAUUCAAGACUGUCCAGAUAACAAUCAUGUCGCUGAUAGCCUUGACUGUCUUCCUGAGAACAGAAAUGCCUGUGGGCAAUUUCGGAGACGGUGGAAAAUUUUUUGGAGCCCUAUUUUUCAGUUUGGUCAAUGUGAUGUUCAAUGGAAUGGCGGAACUUGCAAUGACUGUUUUCAGGCUUCCUGUCUUCUAUAAACAAAGAGACUUCUUGUUUUAUCCUGCAUGGGCUUUUAGCCUACCGAUUUGGGUCCUUAGGAUCCCACUAUCAUUUAUGGAAUCAGGGAUAUGGAUUGCCCUGACAUACUACACAAUUGGCUUUGCUCCAUCUGCUACCAGGUUCUUCCGACAAUUCUUGGCAUUCUUUGGCAUCCAUCAGAUGGCGUUGUCCCUCUUUAGGUUCAUUGCUGCAGUGGGGAGAACACAGGUUGUUGCAAGCACAAUGGGUACCUUCACCUUGCUAUUGAUUUUUGUACUUGGAGGUUUUAUCAUUGCCAAAAAUGACAUCAAGCCAUGGAUGAUCUGGGGCUACUAUGUUUCUCCUAUGAUGUAUGGACAGAAUGCCAUAGUCAUAAAUGAAUUCCUCGAUAAAAGAUGGAGUGCUAUCAACCCAGACCGCAGAGUUGAUGCACCAACGGUGGGGAUAGGUCUUCUCAAGACCAGAGGCUUCUAUACAGAAGAAUAUUGGUAUUGGAUUUGUGUUGGAGCACUCUUUGGCUUCUCCAUUCUCUUCAACAUUUUAUUCACUGGAGCAUUGACUUUCCUGAAUCCUCUGGGUGAUUCCAAAGCAGUAGUUGCCAAUGAAGAUGAAAACAAGAAGACUAAAAAUCCAUACUCAGGCGGAAAAAGACCAGAAGGUAUCGAUAUGCAAGUAAGAAACUCUUCAGAUAUCGUGGAUGCUGCAAGACGCAGACCUAGAAAAGGAAUGGUUUUGCCUUUCCAACCUCUUUCACUUGCUUUCAACCAUAUUAACUACUAUGUGGAUAUGCCUGCGGAAAUGAAAACUCAAGGAAUUGAAGAAGAUCGUCUUCAGCUGCUACAAGAUGUUAGUGGUGCUUUCAGACCAGGGAUAUUGACAGCAUUAGUGGGUGUCAGCGGUGCUGGGAAGACAACCCUGAUGGAUGUUUUAGCAGGAAGGAAAACAGGUGGAUACAUUGAGGGAAAUAUCAGCAUCUCUGGUUACACGAAGAACCAAGCAACAUUUGCUCGUGUGAGUGGUUACUGUGAACAGAAUGACAUCCACUCCCCAAAUGUCACUGUUUACGAAUCUCUCCUGUACUCAGCUUGGCUCCGUCUUGCUUCUGACAUAGACACCAAGACCAGAAAGAUGUUUGUUGACGAAGUUAUGGAGUUAGUUGAGCUAAAACCAAUAAGGGAUGCUUUAGUUGGACUUCCAGGAGUUGAUGGUCUUUCAACAGAACAACGGAAGAGGUUGACAAUAGCAGUAGAAUUGGUUGCUAAUCCUUCUAUCAUCUUUAUGGAUGAGCCAACUUCUGGACUUGAUGCCAGAGCUGCUGCAAUUGUUAUGCGUACUGUGAGAAACACUGUGGACACAGGGAGAACUGUUGUGUGCACAAUUCACCAGCCUAGCAUUGACAUCUUUGAAGCUUUUGAUGAGUUACUGUUGAUGAAAAGAGGAGGGCAAGUCAUUUAUGCUGGACCUCUUGGUCGCCACUCUCACAAGCUCAUAGAAUAUUUUGAGGCUGUCCAAGGGGUUCCAAAGAACAGGGAAGGAUACAAUCCGGCAACAUGGAUGCUUGAGGUCAGUGCUCCUCCAAUUGAGGCUCAAUUGGAUGUGGAUUUUGCAGAUAUUUAUGCUAACUCUUCACUUUACCGGAGAAAUCAGCAACUAAUCAAAGAGCUCAGUACCCCAGCUCCAGGUUCCAAGGAUCUAUUCUUCCCAACCCAAUAUUCCCAACCAUUCCUUACGCAGUGCAAGGCCUGCUUCUGGAAACAGCACUGGUCUUACUGGAGGAACCCCCAGUACAAUGCCAUCAGGUUCUUAUUGACAAUAAUUAUCGGUGCCUUAUUCGGUCUUAUCUUCUGGAACAAAGGAAAACAAACAGCAAGACAGCAAGAUCUGAUGAAUCUUGUUGGAGCAAUGUAUUCUGCCGUGCUUUUCCUUGGAGCAACCAAUGCUUCCGCUGUGCAAUCUGUUGUUGCAAUAGAGAGAACAGUCUUCUACCGUGAAAGAGCAGCCGGGAUGUAUUCUGAAUUGCCUUAUGCAUUUGCUCAGGUGGCUAUAGAGACAAUCUAUACUGCAAUUCAAACGCUCAUUUACUCUUUAAUUCUUUACUCGAUGAUUGGAUUUGAGUGGAAGGCCGCAAAUUGCUUAUGGUUCUAUUACUACAUAUUAACAUGCUUUGUCUACUUCACUUUGUACGGGAUGAUGAUUGUUGCUCUAACACCGGGCCAUCAAAUUGCUGCCAUUGUCAUGUCCUUCUUUCUUAGUUUUUGGAAUUUGUUCUCUGGUUUUCUCAUUACGAGGACGCAAAUCCCUAUAUGGUGGAGAUGGUAUUAUUGGGCUUCUCCUGUGGCUUGGACACUGUAUGGCCUUGUGACGUCUCAAGUGGGUAACAUUGAUGCUCCUAUUGAGGUCCCCGGCGAGCCUAAUGUGACAGUAAAAAGCUUCCUUAAACAAUACUUUGGUUUUGAAUAUAGUUUUCUUCCGGCAGUUGCGGCGGCUCAUAUCGGCUGGUGUCUCCUCUUUUUCUUUGUAUUUGCUUAUGGUAUCAGGUUCCUCAAUUUCCAAAGAAGAUAACUUAGAAAACCAACAUGCAAGUAGUCGAGUUAUUUUAAGAUGAACGAAAGCCUUAAACCUUUUCUUUUGUCAUUUUCAUCUUGUGUAUUUAUAUUCAUUCUUUUCUCCUGGUUUUCCAUAAAGGCGCCUGCCAUUGUGCUGCUGUAAA